CCAGGUGCCACUGAACCUCAAAUCUCGGAUCGAUGUGCCGAGUGGUGCUCCGGUUCGGCGGUACCGUAUCCCCCGCACCCUCGACUACCGAACCCCACCACAUGUCCCUGUCACCUGUCAAACCUUGCACCCCAACCUCAAAGGCACAUAUAGCCGACCGUGUCCGCACUGAUCCCACACCACACACCCACUUUCGUCUUCACCGCCAUGCCUAACACGAAUCUCAUGAACAUCCACCAAGUCAACGGUAAAUCCCUCUAUAUUGAGGUAGAGGGCCAAGGCACCCCAGUCAUCUUCAUCCACGGUUUCGGCGGCACCACGAACGCGUUCCAACCCCAAUCAACUCACCUCCUCCGCACCGGCGGAUACAAAAUCAUUCGUUUCGAUAUUUAUGGACACGGGCGUUCGCCCCUCCAAUCUCAAUCCAGCGGCGAUGCGCCCAUCAUCGACGACUUUGCUGAGGAUGUUGGAGGGGUGUUGAGGGCAGCUGGGGUGGAUGAGGGUGAUGCGGUUCAUGUUGUUGGACAUAGUUUCGGUGGACUUAUCGCGAUGGUUUUUGCCGCUUCUCAUCCGGAGCGUGUCAAAUCCCUCACCCUCAUCGGACCCGUCGGGGCUCCAUUGCCCGAGGCGGGGAGGGAGGGGUUAGGAAAGAGGUGUGAGGCGGUGAAGGAGAAAGGUAUGGCUGCGAUCGCGGAUACGGUCGUUACCGCCGCCACGAGUUCCGAGACGAAGAGUUCGGCUGGGGGUGCGGUUGUGUAUGGGUUCGUGAGGGAGAUGCUGGCGAGACAGGAUCCGGGUGGAUAUGCCGCUGCACUCAUGGCGCUAGUUAAUACCACCUCUCUCCCUGACCUCACGCAUAUCUCUGCACCGGUUCUUGUGGUUAUUGGAACGGAGGAUGCGGUUAGUAAACCGGAGUUGGGAAAGAGUAUUGCGGCGAAAUUUGAGAAGGCGAAAGUGGAGGUUGUGGAGGUGAAGGCUGGGCAUUGGCAUGGGCUCGAGCAGCCCGGGCAGGUGAACGAGGCAUUGGAGGGGUUUUUGGGGGCGAAGUAGCAAUAUAAAUGCCUAUGUUCAAGCUACGUCUAUGAUCGAAC